AUGCCUAUUAUGGAGUUUGAACAGCGCACAUUAAAAUUUACGCUGUCUAAAUCGAGAAAGAAAGAUGAUUUCGGUAUUGUAUUAGGCUGCAAAUUCUAUAUUAAAGAGAUUCGAAAUCCGAAAUUAGCAGAGAAGGAUCCAGGAUUGAGAGAAGGUGACUCUGUGCUCCGGAUAAAUGGGCAAAGUGUCGAUGGAUCGACGCUUGAGGAAGUGAAUAAAUGGCUGGAAAGGUCACGAGAGAAAUUGUGUCUUGUGAUACAGCGUGAUGUUCGUCGUGGGACGAGCAGGUGGCCUAGUCAAAAUACGGUAUAUGAACGGGUGGGUUCGGUGUCGGCGACGCCACGACACAGUCCGAGCCCUAUGAUGCCGCAUCAACCGCUAUCACAGAGGUCAGUGAUUUAUGAAUAUAACUGUUUCGGAGAGUUCCAGAACAAUGUGGGUAUUUACUCAAGGAGUUACCCAGGU